AUGGCGACCGCAGCACAAGAGCCCGCAGCUGGACGGCAAACCGAGCGGCAGCAAUUGCUGGGUGGCCGUCUGAGCAACGACGAUGCCGGCGACGAGCAGCGGGAAAAGCUCCUCGCUGACGAUGUUGAGCGCGGCAGCAGCGAGGAUGGACAGCGCCGGCCACGAUCAAAGCCAAGUAGGCCCUGGCCGGCAGCCUUCUUCGUCGCGAUCUCUUUUCUGGGCUUGUUCACUCUGUUAGCACUUGUCAAGCUCUCGCUCUUUCAUACACCGAGGACGGCCAAGACGGAGCCUCAAGUCGCAACGACCUUCACGCGGCGGCCGGGCUCCGAAUACGUAUUGACAUCAGACUGGGACUUUAAUGCCGCGCCGACUGUCCGCGAGUACCACUGGGUCGUCAGCGACAUGGAGGGCAAUCCAGAUGGCGUGUUCCGUCCUAUGAUCAUCAUCAACGGCCAGUUUCCAGGAGAGAUGAUCCGGUGCAACCGUGGCGACACCAUCGUAGUCAAUGUCGAGAACCGUGCUGUCAAUGCCACUUCCAUCCACUGGCACGGAAUCUUCCAAAACGGAACAAAUUGGAUGGACGGAACCGUGGGUGUGACCCAGUGUCCCAUCGCCCCUGGUGGUAAAUUCCGGUACGAGUUCAAAGUCGAUGGGCAAGCCGGCACUUACUUCUACCACGGACAUUAUGCUGCUCAGGCCCUCGAUGGUCUGGUCGGGCCAAUUGUCAUUCACUCUCCUGAGGAAAGGCAGAGCCAGCAGAUUCCCUACGUCACGGACCGUGUGGUGAUGUUGCAAGACUGGUACCACGACUUGUCGAGCGGCCUCCUCCUGCAAACACUGUCUCCCGGAAGCGAAAGCUCCCCAGUACCCAACGGCGCGCUGUUGAAUGGCGCAAACGUCCUGGACUGCUCGCUGCAUCCCAAUCGGCGUUGUGACAACUCGACCGCCAGCUUACCGAGCUGGGACCUGUCGCCAAACGCGAAUCACCGGCUGCGCUUGUUGAACGUGGGCGCCUUCGCCUGGUUCGAGGUCACCAUCGACGAGCACCCGACCCUGCCCAUAACCGAGAUCGACGGCGUCGACAUCGAGCCGUCGCCCGAGAAAAGCGUGCUCCUCGGCCCCGGCCAGCGAUAUAGCGUCAUCCUCUCGACGGAAGACACCAAGAGCGACGCCGUCUGGUUCAGAGCCCGCAUGGUGACCCACUGCUUCGCAGAGAACGUGCUGCCGGAGCAGGGCCAACCCGAGGCGAAAGCCACCAUCGUCUAUUCGAGCGGCGCCAUCGACGCCGCCACCGCCACCACCCAGGACCCUAUCGUCCCGACCUCCGAACCCGACCGCAGCGUCUACGCCGUGCAGUGCCGCGACAUGCGCACCCGGAAGUACGACCCCGUGCCCGCCGUGCGCGCCCCCGAGCGCGCGGACCACAGCUGGCGCGUCCGCGUCAACCUCGCCAUCGGCGACUGGCGCCUCGAGCGCGGCUACCUGAACCAGUCGUCCUACCGCGUGGCCGACCCGCGCUCCCCGACGCUGCACCGCCUCGUCGACGGCCUGCGCUCGGGGAACGACUCCUUCCUCGCCGAGGGCUACAACGACCGCGCCUUCGACCCGGAGCGCGAGCUCGUCGUCAGCAGCCGCGGCGCCGCCGAGGUCGUCGACGUCGUGCUGCAGAACAUGGACGAGGGGAACCACCCGUUCCACCUGCACGGCGCGCAGAUGUUCGCCCUCGCGUCGGGCCACGGCUACUUUCCCGGGUACGAGGCGCUCGGCUUCCACGCGCACGGGCGGGGCCUGCUCGACCCGGCCAACGACACCGUCGUCGCGAACCCCGUGCGCCGGGAUGUCGCGACGGUCGAGGGGUUCGGGUGGGCGCUCAUACGCUUCGUGGCCGACAACCCGGGCGUGUGGCUGUUCCACUGCCACAUGACCUGGCACGGCGAGGCCGGCAUGGCGAUGCAGUUUGUCUCUCGCGUGGACGACAUGAAGAGCUGGGAGAUCCCGGAGCAGAACGCCCGAUUGUGUGAGGCGAAGCUCGAGGAGCUGGAGAAAGGAGGCGUGCCGAAAGAUGACAUCUGGAUCGGGUCUUUUGGCACUUGA